ACACAAACCUGGCUGAAGAGUCAAAAGAAAAAGCCAUGGCUACUCCCUUCAAGUACUUGUUGCUCUUCACCGGCUUCUCAGCCUGUGCUCAGUUUGACUCCGGCGCACUGGCAGCCUUCGAGAAGUACUUGACGACUGAGCUGGGACUCAGCACUUCUCAUGUGGGCUUCAUCAAUGCCAUGGAGUACAUCAUGCUGCCCCUUGCGUCUCCUUUGAUCCCUCUCCUGCUGCGCUGCUGGCACGUGAAGGCAGUGCUCCUCGUAUGUGUGGUGGGCAACAUGGUGGGCGUCUUGGGCCUAGCCUUUGCGCCCGUCAUCGAGGAGGCGCAACUGCUGCCAUUCCUCGUUGUCUCCAGGACUUUGUCGGGGAUGUGCCACGCGGGCAUCGCGGUCUACGGCAGCGUGUGGGUGGAUCUCUAUGCGCCGAAGGAAUCUGCGACCUCCUGGCUGGGGGCCAUGCAGGCAAGCUCACUGGUCGGCCUCGUCGUUGGCUACAGCAUCGCAGGCUACUGGGGGCAGUGGGAGCGAGUCUUCUACCUCAACCUCUUGUGGUUCGCCGGGGUUUUCCUCGCUCUCUUCAUCACUCCGGGGGACUUCUUGGCGAGCGCUUCCAGGAGGCGCGCUCGCAGCGGCGAGGUGCGGCUCUCCUUUGUGUCGGUGCCCUCGGGCAGCUUUGUGGCUGCCCCCAUGGAGAGCCUGGAGGAGGAACAGCCUUUGGCCUCGCCCAGCGGCGAGUUCGCGCAGAUGUCAGUACAGCCAUCCUUCCAGUCGCGCCAGGUGCGGAGGGCAUCGGCGGAAGCGGAGGAGCACCUGCCGCUGUAUUUCCUUAUGGCCACUUGCGUGUCCUCGCUCUUCUUUGUGUCCGGCGGGUUGCAAUUCUGGGCGACGCCUUACAUGCAGCAGCUCUGGUUGGGCGACGCCAAGUGCUCUCCCGAGAUGUUGGAGUCAGCGCAACAUCUUGUGGUCACCUUGGUCGCCUCCACCACGUUGACGGCCCCGACCUUUGGCGUGUUCCUGGGCGGGAGCGCGGUGGAUCGGGCCGGGGGCUACAAGGGCGCCGCUGCGCGACGCUGUGUGCAGCUGUUGGCAGGAGGCGCCGCCUUGGCCAUGCUUUUUGGCGUCCUGGCCUGCUUCUGCAAGCAAUUCUGGGUGGCGGUUGCCUCCUUCUGGGUGUUCAACAUGCUCGGCGCCGCGCUGAUGCCCGGCGCCUUCGGGCUGAUGCUGGCGGCGGUGCGCCCGGACCGCCGCUCCGCCGCCUCCGCGGGGGCGCAGGUGCCCAUCAACCUGCUGGGCAUGGCAGGGGGAGCAUUUAUUCCUGGCUGGAUGGCUGGAUGCCAGCCAGACGCAGGGGAAGCAUGUAGUUCAGGCUGCAACUACGCAGUUGGCCUGAGAUCCUUGUUGUUUGGUCCGGCAGUGGGAUUUGCAGCGCUGGCGCUUGCCCUGGCCUACCUGAACAAGGCCGCUUCAAGAUCCUCCGAGACUAUCCAGCAGGAGCUGAGCGUCGACGUUCGAUCACGAAGCAACACUGCAGCAAGUGCCGCCACGCACGCCAGCUCAGCAAGUCGACCGAGUCGCGCAACCAUCACCUCGCCCAACACAAUGAUGCUGGGCAUCAUUGACCAGGUGGAUGGCAAGGCGGGGACAACGAUAUUGCACCUGGACAAGGCGAUGUCCUUUGCAGAGCUUCUGGCCAGAUGUGCAAACAGCACUGGCACCGCGGUGCGGCGGCUCUUCUCGGAGGACGGCAAGACAGAGAUCUUCAGCCUGCAGGACCUGAAGCGGAUCUACGAGAACCGCGAGGAGAGCGGCAGCCAGGUGCGCCGGGCGACGGAUCAAGGGAUGAAGAUCGAUCUGGAGGUAGUGAGUACAGAUGGCUCGAACUUCAAAUGGAAGUGGGGAAGCGACCAUGCGCAUUACAGUUUUGGUGAUCUCCUCAUUCGUCCGCUGUGGCGCAGUCUGACUGGCUCCAGACAAGCCAGGAGCGCGCGCCACCCUCCACAGCCGCCAGUUUUACCGACCACUGGAAACUUGAAGGACUGUUUGCCGGAUCUUUGGGUCCAGUGCUUCGGCCUGGUGGAGAGGUAUGGGCCUCUGGUGAAGCUUCGCAUAUUUGAUGACGUGGUCUAUGUUUGUGCUGACCCAGAGGUGGUGGACAUUGUGAAUCAGAUCCCGGACAAGCGCUUGCCAAAAGAGGUGUUCGGGUGCAAGGCUGUUGCCGGCCAAGGGGUCUUCAUUGCAGACGGCCAGCGCUGGGAGUUCGGGCGACAUGCGCUGCAGGAAAACCACUGGAAGUCUGGUCACAGCUGCGAAUUCCCUUCUGAAGCUUGGCGCCCCGCGCAGGCGCAGCUGACGCCAGAGGCCAUUGACUCCCUGGUGCCCAUUUUCGCGGGGAAGUGCCUCAAGCUGCAGGAAAUCAUAGCUGCAAACGCUGACAACAUCGAUAUGUUUGCCUGGGUGGAGAAGGUGACCAUGGACGUGAUCUGCGACGUGGGCUUCGGACACAACCUGAAGUGCAUGGAGUCCCCGGAGAUGCCUGAACUCCUACCUCUUUUCGAUGAAGUGAUCGAAGCAAGCAUCAAUACGAGCUUGUACGGCGCAUUCGAUGUUCUGGGCACGAGGAAGCGAUGGUUUGAGGGUCAGCUGUCGAAGUUGGACGGCAUGUUGGACGAGAUCAUCGAAGCGGUGAGGGAAGGAAAGCACACUGGCUCUUCCAACAGUCUGCUCCACCACCUCUGCGCAGCCAAGUGCCCGCUGACCGCGCGAGGCUUCACCCAGAGCGAGCUUCGAGACCAGCUGCUGACCAUGUUGGUUGCGGGGCACAAGACCACGACACUGUUGCUGACGUGGGGCCUGUACCACAUCGCCAGAAGUGCUCGGGUGGAGAAGAAGCUCUUUGCAGAGCUGCGCCAGGUCUUCGAGGGUGAUCUGACCCGGCCACCCACCGGGGAGGACCUGAGGCGUUUGAAGUACAUGGACAUGGUGGUGCGCGAGACGUUGCGCUUGUGCGCUCCAGUGCAGGUGGCCCAGCGCGGGCUGACCCAGCCCGUGCAAUGUGGGGAGUACACGCUGCUGCCUGGAGGCCACAGCGGACGAGGCAAUUCCUGGGUGGCCAUUCACAUUAUGGGUAUCUCCCGAAGCAAGAAGUACUGGGGCGAGGAUGCUUUGGAGUUUAUUCCAGAGCGCUUCGAGCCAGCAAAGAUGGCAAAGUUCCAUCCGUUUCAGUUCAUACCGUUUGGCGGUGGCAGGAGGCUUUGCAUAGGCAACCUCUUCGCCAUCACGCAGGCAAAGACUCUGCUAUGCUUGAUACUGAGGAAGUUCUACGUUCGAACCAUCCCGGAGAAGCCCGUCCAGAUUGAUCCCAAGGACAUUGCUACCCCAUUGCCGGCCAGCAGGGGCGGCGGGGUUUGGCUGCAGUUCACCGGCCGGGACGAUGGAUUGGAGCCAGAGGAAGUGGCCGAGCCUCCCACCUUGGGCAACAUGGCAAAGUCCUUUCUGGACGAGGGAGGAGCAGACAGAGGCUCUGUUUACCCACGCCGUUCGUCGGGAUGUUGGAAUUUCAGCGGCCCCAAACCUCCGCUGCUCAUUCUGUGGGGCGGCCAAUUCGGCACCACUCAGAGCGCUGCCCAAGACCUGGCCAAAUCGGCCCAGCAGCGAAACUUCGAGGUGGAGGUCAAGGCCAUGGACGAGGUGAAGCCGUCAGAGCUGCUGGCUGGCCUGAAGGUUAAGGAUGAACAGCCGGUGGUGCUGAUUUUGAUCGCCACAUACAACGGCCACCCGCCAGAGAACGCUGCGGCAUUCUGCAAAGCGCUGGAAGAAGUGCCCCCUUCUGACAAAAGUGCCGACAUCAACUUUGCGGUGCUCGGCGUUGGCAACUCCAACUGGAUUUCCACCUACAUCAAGGUGGCCAAGGAGGUCGACAAGCACAUGGCUCGCGCUGGUGCGCGCCGAUUCCUCCCCUUGGAGGUGGCUGACAAGAACGACUGCUUCGAGAAGUCCGUGCGGUCCUGGCGCCAGGCUGUCCUCUCCACUUUCGCGAACUCACCGGAGGAUUUUGUCCAGGAGCAGAUUGCGGCAGCAGCGGAGCAGAUUGCAGAGGUGAUUCCCGAGACGUUGGAGCUGGCGCCUUCAAGCAAGCCGCCAACCUCAAUGUCAGAGCACUUUGUGACGAGUCUCGGGUACGAGUCCUGCAAGAUCUCCUCGAAUGAGGAGCUCUGCCAGCGCGCGGAGGACGCGGAGGCCCCGUCGGUGCGGCAGAUCCGCGUGGCAUCUGCCGGCGCCUACUGCUGCGGGGAUCAUUUGGAGGUGAGGCCCAGGAACUCCGCGGCUCAGGUGGAGCGCGCCUGCCGGCGCCUCGCCUGCCAAGCGGAGAGUGUGGUGGUGGCGUCUGACAGCGAGGAGCUGCCUAGUGACCCACUGUCCAUGGGUGACAUCUUGGCGUAUCACGUGGACCUUUCAGCUUUGCCGUCGCAAGAGACGCUGGCCUCACUGGCGCAGUAUGCUACCAAGAGCCAAGAGGCAACAAGCUUGCGCCAGCUGGCCACGAUCAAAGAAGACUCAGCGUAUGAUGAGUGGUGCGAGCGAUGCCUGUCACUGCUGGACGUUUUAGACGAGUUUCGGUCUGUCAGCAUUGGCUUCUCCAGAUUUGUGGAGGUUGCUCCCAAGAUCAAGCCGCGUCUGUACUCCAUCGCUUCCUCCCCGCUGGCGCGGGGCACGGAUGCGGAGCUGUGCUGCCGAGUCGCGAAAUACCAGGCCUGCGCAUCGGCCCUUCCAGAGGUGCGGAGCGGCUUGUGCUCUUCCAUGCUGGCCUCGGCCACAGAGGUGAUUUGCAAGAUCAAGGAGGCCCCGCACAUGCGCUUGCCGAAGGAUCCCAGCACGCCCAUCGCCUGCGUUUGCGGAGGUACAGGUUUGGCGCCCUUCUAUGGAUUCCUGCAGGAGCGGGAGCAGUGCAGGAAGCAGGGCACCGCGAGUGGCCUGGUGCAGCUCUACUUUGGUUGCCGCAACGAGGAGGACUUCCUGCACCAAGCGCAGCUGCAGCGGUGGCACGCGGAGGGUCUUCUGUCUCUGAAGGUGUCCUUCUCUCGGCCCAGAGACCCGGCCUUGAAGGAGUAUGUCUAUCAUGCUCUGCGCCGCGAUGCGGAGGCCGUCCUGGAGCUGCUUUCGGAGGAUGGGCUGGGGUGUUUGUACGUCUGCGGCUCCGCGUCCACGCUGGCCAAAGACGUGACCAACGUACUGGUGGACUUGCUGAGCCAACAUGGGGACGCCACCGUUGGCUUUGCUCGGCUCGACGGCCUGCAAGAGAAGGGCCGGGUGAUCUUCGACGUUUGGGGCUAGAUGCGCUUACGUUUCUUCCUAGCCGGCGUUUUUGAGCUGGGUGGCGAAGCCAGCCAAUCGGCAGCCAUCGGCAGCCACACGUAAUCAGUUUCCAGGUUCUUUGCAGGUGUUUGGCCGUGCCUGGAUCCCUCAGGGACCCGACUGUUCCGUGCAUUGAUUUUAUGAC